GCCCCGGCGGGAAUUGCCUACCUGUCAUGAUCGGCAACUAGAGAAGUCCAGUCCAUUUCAGCGCAGGCCGUUUUCAUAAAGAGACUACUAGUUUUUAGAGAUUACAUUUGCUAUAUGCCUGUAAGAGUGCUGUAGUGCACGAGAGUACACCGCCAUCUGUUACCUUAGUGCUGCGUAGGCACAAUGAUGAGCUCCGAGGCGCUCCGGCCGACACACAACUCCGGGCGCAAAGCGCUUGGUAAACUCGCCAACAGGUUAGAGGAAGUGAAGAACCCAUAUCGACAAGGCUCGACGCUCGAACUCAGCCACAACGAGGCGGCCAGGUUGGCAACAGACGCUCUGUUGGAGUCUGGGGAGAAGGAAUACAGACGAGUUCUGACAGAGGAAAGGGAAUUAAAUUUUCUCUCGCCGCUUGAGAUUCAUUAUAUUACCGAGAAUGCAGCCAAGAACUGUAGCUCCGACAACAGCUCAAAUGGCACUGAGGGGGACAUUGGGGAGGGGGAUACGGUGUCCGAGCUUACCUCGGGGACCUAUUUCCCAAUGAUGUCCGACGAAGAGCCACCUAUGCUGGAACUAGGGUGGCCAGAAAACCCCCAACGAUACGGACCCUCAGAAACACAGAUCUAUUUCCAAAGGGACAAGACUCACAAUGUGAAAGACCUCAUUCGGUCAUUAAUUAAUAAAGCAAAAAGGGUCAUAGCGUUGGUCAUGGACCUCUUCACAGACGUUGAUCUGCUGUGUGACUUGAUGGAGGCCUCGAACAAGCGCAAGGUCCCUGUGUACAUUCUCCUGGACGAGAAGAAUCUCAACUACUUUGUUGACAUGUGUGCAGCACUGGACAUCCAGAACUCUCACCUGGGUAACAUGAGAAUCCGCAGUGUGUGUGGAGACACGUACUGCACUAAAAGUGGGAAGAAAUUCACCGGGCAGGUCCAGGAAAAGUUUAUGAUUAUAGACUGUGAGGAAGUCAUCGCUGGGUCAUACAGUUUCAGCUGGCUCUCAGCGCAGGUCCACAGCAACAUGGUGAUGCACUUCUCUGGGCAGAUCACUGAGAGCUUCGACCGAGAAUUCCGCUGCCUGUACGCUGACUCUCAGAUCAUUGACUGUUUCCAUAACCCAGAUGAAGAGGGUCUCCCUUACUACCCCAACCCUGUUCCUGCGCCCAACAUGGGGCUAGACUUCUUCCCCGAGAGGUCACGGGAGAGGGUUCUGAGUUCAGAGAACUCCAGCAGCCAAUCCAGUUGCAGCAUGUCCAGCAUCAAGGCAGCACCCGGCAUGACCAAUACGGUUUACAAGGUCACUCAAGGUCAAGAAAAGAAAGAGACCAGCAACUCUCACCUGAGCCCUGAGAGGAGAGGAGGGGCACUAACUCACUCCCUUCAUAAUCAGACUGCCCAAGGCACGAGAGGCUCCCCCAAUGGGACCAAUCACAGCCCAGUUACAGAGCACCCUUCCUCUGGGAUCGGCCAAUCGGUCAGGAUAGAUUGGUCCAAGUCCAUCCCCACAGAGUUGCACCAACCAAAUGUUGGCGGAACAACGUCCAAGUUUCAGGCUCUUGGUUUAUACGACCCCAAGACACAGUCUCCAAUGUCGGACAACAAACACUCUGCCAAGCAGAGGACUACCUACAACCCCGUCCUCAACAAGCUCACCGACCUCUUCCUCCCCCCAACCAAGAAGGACCUCCUCCCCCCAACUGAGAAGGACACCUCCGUCUUCAGGAGGUCUCCUCCUCACAGUACAGCCUUUGGGGGGCCAGACCUCUCCCAGACAGAGCCGGAGAGCGAGCAGACUCCCCCUCCACCGCCCCCCAUGUUAAACCGGAAGGACCAGAAACGCAUGACCUUAGGCCACAGCAAACUAGACCUGGUCAACCACUACAACAAGAUGAAGUCCAAACAGGUGUACAGCAGGUUUGAGUUAAAGAAUAACAACUGAGGCUCUGCUGAGAAAGUACUUUGCCUCCCCUACCCCCAUCGCACUGGACCUCCAGGAAGCAGAGCACACUUUUUUGCCUUUUGUCAAGAACAUUAUAGCGGAGGGGCAUUUUGUACCUUAAUUCCCCUUUAGGAGUUUAGAGGAGGGUACAGUACAGCCGGAAUUAGCCUGUUUACACUGAGUGAGUUGUAGUGAUAGCUUUUUAGCAUUUGCAUGUAGACAUUGAAGCUGUGGCGGCCCUGCCAAUAAGUGACAUGACAAAUCUUGCUUAGGGCCCCCAAAAGGCUAGGGCCGGCCCUUCAUUCAAUGACUGUGUAUUGUUUUCUUAUUUCUGUGAGUGUCUUUCACUAGCCAGUAUGGUUUUAAUGAUUAAUACUGUAUGAAAUGAGUUGUAAAUGGAGUUUGACUGUUUUUUAAGAUGUGUUUUUACUUUUGAUCACACCUACUCAUUCCAGGGUUGU